CUCAAUUCAAAGUGUGCAACUCCCAAAGCAAAAAAAGAAUUAUUUCUGCAGAAAAUUAACAAUGGCAGGAGGAGGAGGAGGAGGAGAAGUAGGAUUUAGAGUAAGAAGAAUGGAAGCAGAGAUGGUGCAUGGUAUCAAUGAUGAUAAUAAAGAAAAGAACAAGUACUACUACUACUACUACCUCUCAAACUUAGAUCAGAACAUUGCAGUUGUGAUGAAGACUGUGCAUGUAUACAAAGCAGUGGAAGGUAAGAGCACAGAGGAAGUUUGUAGGGUCAUGAAGGAUGGUCUUGCUAAAGUGUUGGAGUAUUACUACCCUUGUGAAGGGACUCUUACUGUUAGCCAAGAAGGGAAGCUUAUAGUAAGGUGUGAUGGGAGAGGUGUGCCUUUUGUUGAGGCUUUUGCUGACUGUGAUCUUGAUGUUUUGGGAGAUAUCUCCAUUCCUGAUCCUGAGAAACUUAUGAAGCUUGUUUAUCAACUCCCUGAACACCUUAACAUCUUUGAAGCUCCUCUUCUUACUGUUCAGGUGACAAAAUUCAAAUGCGGAGGCUAUGUAUUAGGAAUGGCUAAGAACCAUUGCCUCUCCGAUGGCAUGGCGGUGGUCGAGUUUUUGCGAUCAUGGGCCGAGAUGGCUCGGGGCAUACCGUUAACCGUCCCGCCGGUACUAGACCGAUCAAUUCAACAGCCUCGGAGCCCUCCGAAGAUUGAAUUUCACCAUGAUGAGUUCACCGAAGUUGAGGAUGUUUCAAACUUGACAGACCUUUACAAAGGUGAAGAAUUACAACACCGGUGUUUCACAUUCAAUGUUGACAAAUUAACUACUCUUAAAGAGAUGGCAAUGCAAGAUGGCACGGUUGAGAGUUGCACUAGUUUUGUAGUGUUAACCGCGUUCACUUGGCGGGCUCGGACUAAGGCUUUGAAAAUGGGUCCGGGUCAAAAAACAAAGUUACUAUUUGCGGUGGAUGGCCGGAGAAAAAUGGAGCCACCGUUGCCGGCCGGGUUCUACGGCAAUGGCAUUGUGCUAGUAUGUUGUCUAUGUGACGCCGGAGAAUUGCUCGACCGGCCCUUAUCGUAUGCGGUUGAAAUGGUGCAAAAUACGAUACAAAACACAACCGAUGGUUAUAUUAGAUCGGUUAUCGAUUACUUUGAAAUUACAAGGGCUAGGCCUUCGUUGACGGGUACAUUGUUGAUUACGGCCUGGAACAGACUUGGAUUACGAUUAUCUGACUUUGGGUGGGGUGAGGCCGCGCAAACCGGUCCGGCGGAGCUGCCGCAGAAAGAAGUGGCAUUUUUCCUACCUCAUGCUAAGGAGCUAAAGAGUCUAGUUCUUGUGCUAGGCUUGCCAGCUUCUUGCAUGAAUCAAUUUGAAGAGCUCGUGGAGAAUAUCGGGCAGUAAGAUUAUUAUGAAUUAUGGUUUUAUAAAAUAAAAUGUGUGGCUUGAAUUAUAAAUUAUGGUUGCAAUGUAUACUUGGAAUUCUACAUGAUUAAUUAUAUGGUAAUUAAAUUGUGUGAAAAACUAUUAUACUGUGAAUGAA